AUGUUUACCGUCAAAGAAUCACCCUUGGCCUUUAUGGAGGAGCUCGGCAGCCCGUUCGUGUUGUGUUACUGCCCAAAAGAGUCAGCAUCAGCUACCAAUUCUGACGAUCCUUCUCUUAUCAUCAUUCUAUCAUGGUCAAAUGCUCGCGAAAUUCACAUAGCAAAGUACAUUUCCGAAUACCGCGCUAUCUAUCCAGCAUCUGCUAUAUUGCUCUUCCGAUCUUCUCCCAUGCUCUUCUUGGAACUCAAACGCCGUCGCCCUCUGUUCAAAGCUGCCCUACCAAUUCUUACAUCUCUUUCCAGUUCAGAGGGUACCAAGCCUCAAUUUCUACUCCACAUCUUCUCUAAUGGCGGAGUCGGUUCUGCCGUUACCUUGUGGGAGUUGUGGGAGUCUGCACUCGGAGACAAGCCAGUUCCUCAACAUGCAGUUGUAAUGGAUUCGUGCCCGGGAUACUUCCACUGGAAACGCGAUCACCAUGUGAUUUCCUUGAACUUUCCGCGGUUUAUGUCACCUCUUAUCUGUGCGAUUAUGGCCGUUGGUUGGGUGUACUGUAUGUUGAUCCUUGGGGGGAUACCGCACAGGCCUAAUGCCAAGGCACUCAACACCUCGCAGAGGAUAAGUCGAGAGACGAUGAGAGCAUAUCUAUACGGUGAUGCAGAUCUACCAGUCAGUUUCGAGGACAUUGAGUCUCAUGCACUAGAGGUAAAAGCCAAUGGUGCAAAUGUGCGAACAGAAUUGUUCAAAGGAGGCACCCAUGUUGCUCACGUUAGAGUUGAUGCAGACAGAUACUGGAAGAUUGUUCGAGAGACCUGGGAAGGGAAGGUUGUGUAA